GAUUAGCAAGAAGCAAUGGGGUCAGCUGUCCAGAUUUUCUGGAAGGAGCAGGAGAGCUCCCCUAUUGAAAGCCUGACUUCUGUUGCAGAAUACGUCGUGCAUUUAAUUAACCAUAAUGUUGAAGCUCUUCUGUUCUUGUUUUCCUUCGAGGUGACGUCCCGAACUUCUGACUCAGAUGCUCCCUCCGGUGCCACUGAGGUGUCUGUGAAGCUCUUUGACUCUGACCCCAUCACCGUGUCGGUCCCGGAGGAAGUCUCUAGGAACAACCCUCAAUUUAUAGAGACGGUGGCAGAGAAGGCACUGCAGGAAUACCGCAAAAAGAACCGAGAGGAGUGAGGUGUGAACGCUGCUUUUCUACGUACAGGGCUGAGUCCAGCUCGCCCUGAGAUGAGCCAGCCCCCUCCCCCAGAGAGAGCACUGCGUGUCCCCACGUGACUAGGCCCGCCCAGCCCCGUCCGCCCUGGAUCCCGCACUCUAACGCCUGCGCCAGCUGCCGGGGGGAGAGCUGCUCCCGCAUGCGACUAAUAAAUCUAAUAAAUCUGCCUUGUGAUCCGAG